AUGGAUUCAAACUUAAGUGAGAAUUUGUAUAGGAAAAAGUUAAUUAAAUCUAAAUCUGGAUUACGAAUAGUUUUAAUUAAUCAAAAAUAUAAAAGUCCGUUUCUCUUGUGCGAACCUUAUUGGGUACCGGAUAAUGAGAUUUCUCAUUGUACGUCCUGUAAAGGAAAGUUUAACUUCACCAAAAGAAAGCAUCAUUGUCGAAGAUGUGGAAGAAUCUACUGCUCGUCAUGCAGUUGUUACAGAAUUCCAUUGCCUAGAAUGAGUUUUGUCGAUCCUGUAAGAGUAUGCAACAAUUGUGCUGACAUUACAGAACAAGAAACUGAAUUUUUUGACAAAAGGAUCAAAACCUUAACAAACGGUGCCACAUUUUUAUUAAGUCCCAUAAGUAGUUCUUCUACGACUUGCCUUUGCAUUUGCAAAUUAUCAGCAGAUCAUCAAUACCUACAAUUUGACAGUGCUGCCAAUUUGCCACCACUGCCCCUGGAAUCCAUAACAAAUUUUAAUGUAGAUCUUGAUUUAGAUAGAGGUAGCGGUUUUGUAGAAAUAUCAUAUGAAAAUGGCGGAUUUAGACUUUCGAUAGGACCUGAAACGACAAAAACAAGAGCAUUGGAAUGGAUAAAAGCUAUAGAUGAAGCAUUUAAAUUAAUCGAUGUGAGCGAUAAAGUUCAGUGA